AAUAAGAAGACGAAGAAGCAGGCAAAUUACGUCAUGGCCAAGAUGGCAGCCUCCCUGGUAGAGAGUGGAGAAGAUGCAUUUAGAAAAAUAUUCAAAUUUUAUAAGAGAAGAAACCCACCUCCAGAUUUCAGCGCUGUCAUUGAUUUCUCCAAAGGUUUACCGAGUGACAAAAUAGUUCCGGCUAUACUGGACCCUUCUGCGGUGAGUGAUGUGGAGGCUGCCAGGGUUGGAUUACAGUCGGUCAGAGACUGGAGAGCCUUCAGCCUGCAGGGCUACCCAGGGUUCAUCUUCAUCUCCAACCCCUUCCUGCUGGGCUCACAACCUUUCUGGGUCAGACAGUGUCUGAAGACCUACUCUCAGAAGCCCAAUGUCUGCAACUUGGAUAUGCACAUGUCUCCCUCUGACACCCAGGACAUCUGGCAAAAGAGUGUUCAUAGCCUCAGUUCUCCUCACUCUGGAAAGAGAAAAACAAAGACUCUACUUGACAGGCUGCGCUGGGUCACUCUGGGAUAUCAUUACAACUGGGAUACCAAGAUGUACUCUGCCAACCAUUAUACUCCUUUCCCAGCUGAUCUCCACUUGCUGUCCACCCAAAUAACAGCCGCAUGUGGGUUUCAAGACUUUAACGCAGAGGCUGGAAUCCUCAACUUCUACUUAUCUGAUUCAUCUCUGGGAAUCCAUGUGGAUGAAUCCGAACUAGAUCACAGCCGACCGCUGCUGUCAUUCAGUUUUGGGCAGUCAGCCAUCUUCCUCUUGGGAGGCCUCCGCAGACAGGACCCCCCGAUUGCUAUGUACAUGCACAGUGGAGACAUCAUGGUGAUGUCGGGACAGAGCCGUCUCCUUUACCAUGCCGUCCCACGCAUCAUUUCAGCACCUCAGGGAUGUACAGCUUUAGAGAUGGAAGGCUGCAGCCUGGCCUCACCUCAACAGGACUGCUCUGUGGUGGAGGCGGUGUCAGAGGAGGACUGGGCUGUGUGCUCCAGGUACAUCCAGAGCUCCAGAGUGAAUGUGACUGUCAGACAAGUGCUGGGGCCUGGCCAGAGCUUCCCAGACACACCUUCUGCUCACCAAAGGACUGAUGUAGGACAGACAGUGGGCUACCAGGACAGAGCAGCAGAUGGGGAGAGUAAGAAAAGAAAGAGGAGUAGUAGCUGUGACCCUGUUGGUACUGCAGAGACAUGACCACUGUGUCUGUGUGGCCACUGCUGUAAAACUCAAUUGGAGACAUUUUCAUCUGAUGCCUGAGUCUUACUUUGCCAUGAUAUUGUUUUACUUUUCACCUCUGCUAAAAAAUACAAGCCACUUCAGAGCUCUUAAAGUUAGGCUGGGUGCACUUAGAACAGGAAGGUCCACUCAACUUCUAUGGGUCCUACAUACAUAGCCCCCCAAUUUUAGGUCAAUGCUCCUAUUCAUUGAGCCAGUUAAACUAAUUAUGUUUCCUUGCCAGACUGAAGGAAAAUAGCCCCACAAAUUCAAGAAAUGAAGAUGGAAAAUAGAAUUUUUGACCAAAUAUGUUAGUUAUUCAAUUUGAAACUAGUGGACUAUUUAUGAAAAUGGCUACAUGUGCACUCAAAUUAAAGCAAUCUAAAUCCAGAGUGUAUGACCGUCAUUCUGUGAAAAUGUCUAAAACGUUACAAUAGAGUAAUGUCUAAAUUCAUACAUAAUCAGUUUGAUACAUCAUUACUGCUAAAAUAUGUUGUUGAGGAUAAAGAUGUAUACUGUAUACUUUAUACCUGACAUUAAAAUGCAACCAUUUUCUGGAUAUUUUACCUGGAUAAAGGAAAAAACACAUUAAUGCCAGGUGUAAAUACAUAGGAUGGGAAUUUGAUCAGAUCAGCCAGACAACUUUGGGAGGUGUUCAAGCUUGCAUUGAAAUGGAUGUUAGGAAUUGUACCCAACAUUUCCUCAUUUUCAUGUAUCACAUGAGUCACAUGACUCCAGAGUCACAUGACUUCUAUAAGCAAACAUGAAACUUAAAUAUAAAACUAAACUUCAAACCACAGCGUUUAAUUUAGGAGCUACAAACGUACAUAGAGCUGAACACACAUUUUAACUUUU